CCUUCUUCCUUCCUCCUUGAUCGAUCGCUCCAUCGGCCCCCGGUCAGAGCGCGAUCGCCGGCCGGCCAGAGCAGGCGCACGCAGCAAUGGGGCUCACGGUGCGCAUCGUCGUCGGCGCCCUCCUCCUCCUCCUCCUCCUGGCGGCGCCGGCGGCGGCGGCGGGCGAGUGGGACGCGCCGGAGUCGUGCGCGACCCCGGUGAGCGUGGAGGCGGCGUGCCGGGGCGCCUCCGACACGCACCACGGCGUGGACUACGAGCACUGCGUGCGGUCCCUGAGCGCGGACGCGCGCAGCGCCGACGCGUCGGCCUCCGCGGGGAUCCACGGGCUGGCGGUGCUGGCCACGCGGAUCGCCGUCGACCACGCCGCCAGCACGGAGGCCAAGAUCGAGGACCUGGCGGAGCUCGAGGCGGAGGCCGAGGGCGCCGCCUCGCGCGCGCGGUUCGAGCACUGCCUGGAGCAGUACGGCGGCGCCGCCGACCUGCUCCGCGACGCGCUGGACAACCUGCAGGCCAACGUGUACGGGCUGGCCAUGCAGCAGCUGAUGGCGGCGCUGGGCGCGUCCCGGAGCUGCGAGGACGCCUGGAGGGGCGCCCCGGCCCGCGCCGUCCCCGUCGCCGCCCACGACCGCGAGUACGAGCGCCUCGCCCACAUCGCCAUCGGCUUCACCCACGCCGCCGCCAAAUGAUCCAUCAUGCAUCGUCGCCGCCGCCAUGGAUCAGAUCAGAUCAUCGUCGUCGUCGUCUUCUUUGCAUGGAUCGGAUUGGAUUGGAUUUCCUCGUCAGCAAUCACCCAUCGUUCAUUAUUGAUUGAUUAUUACCAUUAAUUAUUACAUAUAAUCAGGUGUAGUAGUUGGAACCCCAUUUUCUUCUUCUUCUUUUUUUUUUUACGUUUUCGAUCGAUUGUCCAUAAAAGCGAAUAUUGUAGGCCAUGAUUUACUGAUCACCAUCAAACAAUAAAUAAAGCAAUGAUAAUAACAAGAUGAAUUCACUCA